GGUACCUGGAGGGUACUUACUUCAGUUACUUUGUCUGUGCUUCCCGCCUGGACCGCCGGGGGGGAACAACCAACGAAAAAAAUACCGGGACCAGUACUGGAAUACGCCUAGACUAGUUCGGUGCUUCCAGGCUGCCAAAACGCCUCGUUGGUUUUGCUUUCGGGCCAGCUAAGCCGCUUCCAAUCUUCCUCGACAAAAACAUUCCCCGGUCUCUCUUCUCUCUCGGUCCUUCCCCCUUUUCUUUACUGCUUUUACUACACUUCAUCUCCAUCAUCUUACCGUCUUCAGUCUUCUCAUACCUAUCACUAUUUUCCCGAUUUACUUCAUCUCAUUCAAUUAUCAUUCUCCUACCUUAUCAUUCAAAUUCUCCCCGAAUCUCCAAAAAUGCCUCUCCAGAUCCCCAUUGAUGCGAUUACCUCGCGCUUUGGCGAACGGUUCAACAGUGUUCGCUCUCAAUCUCUCGGCACGCGCUUUGCCAACCUGCGUCCCAUCUCCGAAUUCUUGGACAUCAAGCGUGUCUCCAAGCCCGCCCAUUUUGGCGAGGUCCAGAGCCGUGUGAACUACAAUCUGUCCUACUUCUCCAGCAACUAUGCCGCCGUCUUCGUGAUGCUCAGCAUCUACAGCUUGCUGACCAACCCCCUGUUGCUUUUUGUCAUCAUUCUGGUUACCGGUGGUCUUUACGGCAUCGGAAAGCUCCAGGGUCAUGACCUGGAACUGGGCUUCGCCCGGUUCAACACUUCCCAGCUGUACACCGGACUGCUAAUUGUCGCGGUGCCUCUGGGAUUCUGGGCCUCGCCCAUCUCCACUGUGCUCUGGCUGAUCGGAGCCACCGGCGUGACUGUCUUCGGCCACGCCGCUUUUAUGGAUAAACCAAUCGAGAAUGCUUUUUCCGAGGAGGCGGUCUAGGUGGUCGGCCGCGAACUCCUUACGGUAUGCCCCGAUGGGGAAGACCACCGGGGGCACGAGUGGGGAGAGAAAACAGACGUGCAGCUCCAUGGGUGGACGGUGCGGCACGGGUCGAGGAGAUUGACAGCGAGGAGGAGGAUGCAUACGCUCGAUCGGCGUAUGCGAGGCAGUCGGCGGGUCGGGAC